AUGCGCCACCUGCACGCACACAAACAUAAGCAUCGUUUUCUAAGAGAGGCCUUGAAAAUUGCGUUUGAAAUUCAUGAUUUGCCCUUGAUAAAUCAUCUCUGCAGUAGUUGUAUGAAACCACAGAGAAUAUGAUAAUUUACAUUUCUCUGCUUUUGUUUGUUUUCAAACCCUGAAGUCCGAUUGCUUGACUUAUUCUUUUGCCCAGCUGAAGGUCCCACUGAUAUUUGAAACGCCUUCUUUUGAUUUCCUUCUUUACCUUUAUUCAUCUCUCUCCUAGUAUUGACUAUUUUUUAGACACUCAUUUAAAGGUUUCUGCUCACCUACCCUGCAGUUCUGACGGAGAAUAUGCUUCGUUGUUUGAUUCCUCGCUUUAAGUAAUUAUUUUUCUCUGUAUGUCUGUCCUUUUUGUCUUUAGCUUUUGUUAAUCUUUAUUCUCAUUUAAGUCCCUUCUUUAAGAUUAAUUAACGUUCUCUUCUUUACAUAGACAUUAGCCCUCUGUUGGACAAGUGUGAUGACUUGAACAUGGAUAAAGAUCAGAGAGUACGAGAAGUUGUUACGUUGUUAGAUCAAGCUUGCAAAGAGGCAGGAUUCUUCUAUGUGGUAUUUCCAUAUUGCCCAUCUGCUCAAUCAUAAGUUAUUUAUCGAAUCCAAUCCAUCCCUCUUAAUACUUCGUAUUACAAGAAUUAUAACCCCAGAAAUUUAUUCCUCUAUUUACAUAUUUUAAAAUCAGGAUUAAAUCAACUUGGUUUUUGUCUGCAUAUGUUCAUACCAAUCUAUAUCAACAGACGUGUAAAAUUAAUCAGUAAUUGUUUUUAAAAAUAAAUUGGGUGUUUUCCCAGGAAAAAUUGAAAAAUCCUGUCUAAAACUAACACAGGUCGAGAUGAAUAAAAUAGGAAAAUAAAAAUCAUUUCCUUCUUAUGUUUUCUUCCGCUGGUAUUUCUGGAGUUUUUCCUUGUGGAGUAGAAGUUUUGACGUACUGCAAGAAAGAGAAGCUAAAAAGAAGAGCUGUGCAGAAAAACGUCAUUGUUGUUUUAUUUUAACAUAUCUAAAACCACGGAUAUUGAAAAAUAAAAGCAUACAAUACCAUUAAGCUAUCCAUCAUAUUUUCACCAACAUUUUCUUGAGUUUUUAUGAUGUGUUCUUUCACAGGAGCAAAGAGUCCGACUAAGCUGGGUCUAUAAACGUUGAAUGUCGACAUGCCUUUUUAAAAUUUAGUUUGUCCCAUUCUGAAAUUUGAGGUCUUUUUCAGUUCCAAUUAUGAAUUAGCAUCUGAUGUACCCGAUGAAAGUAUUUCUCUGCUUUCUUGAGGACGUAAUUUAUGCCUUAUGUGCGCCUCUUACUUACUUACUUACUUUUUGUCUUCUAACAGAAAGGCCACAGAAUUUCUGAUUCACUAAUCAAGAAAGCUAGAGAUGUGACACGAAAUUUUUUUGACCUGCCUUUUGAGGAGAAAGUUAAGAUUAAACUGUCAUCAGCUACUGGCUUCAGGUUUUCCAGCUGCAAAUAUUUUUGCACAACCUCAUUGUUCACCUCCAAUAUUAAUCAUUAUUCACUUCUGACACCAUGGUGUAACUCCUUUUAACAUCAUUCUCCAUGCAGAGGAUACCAGAGACUUGCAGAGAACAUAACAGAGGGCAGACCAGACAACCAUGAGGCUAUAGAUGUAUGCCCUUUUUCUGGUUUUAGCGUUAUGUACGAUUAAUAGCAUGCCCUUGCGGACCUAAGAUCUUCUACACCUUCGUUUGCAUCUCUUUCUGUCUACAGUACUAUAGAGAAGUGACAGCUGGGAUGUAUGGAAGCCUUGGGAAAACUAUGGAAGGCACUAAUCCAUGGUAUGCUAAUCUUUUCUCUCAGUUAUGUCUCCUUAGUUGACAUGUCCAUGGCGACCCUAGGAUUUUUGUACAAAUUUAUUGGACUGAUGCUCUCGACAGGCCACUUGUAAAAGUGUAUGAAGGCUGUCCCAAAAUUAAGGGUUCUGUGGCUUGAGAGAUUAACUGCUGUGGAUUUUGUAGCAAUUAGAUUCCCAACAAUCCCCAUUUGCAAAUGUUUUGUAAUGAACCGUUUUAAACCUAGUUUCUAUGGGGAUUUCUCAAUCCCCAAUUGAAUAUUGAAGAAAAAAAAUAUAGCCUUUAUUGGUUGAUGCUGAAGAAAAGUCUUCAAUAAAUGUUGUAUUAUCUGGCUCAAGGACUUCUCAAGGCAAACUUGGGCUUUUGAAAGGCCCCUUUGCUUGACUUGCUUCAGGAAGAGGAACAGGCAAAUGGACUGGGAGAAGAGGAAAAGGUGAAGAAGAGGCAGAAAAUUAAGAUAAGGGGCAUUUGUCGAAGCCUAAGAGAAAGAAAAUUGGGGGAGUCGCAGGCAGGAUUGUAGCAGUAGAGGAAGCUGAAAGAGAUGCAGAAGGUGCGGUGGUAGACGAGGAGGAUGAAGAAGUGGAGAUGUGGAAUAUCCUUACGAAGAAGCUAGAUCACGUUUCAAGAAGUGAAUUUUUGGCGUCGAAGUGUUUACUGAAUGUGGUUUGCACUUUGUAGUCAUCAUUAAGUAUCUGUAGGAAUAUCCUUACUAUAUAUAAAGAUAUCAUUUAAUUUUUCUAAUAUUGCUUAUCCAGUUAAGCCUUUCAGUUCGGCCAAUACAAUUCCAGUUUAUGUUGAAAUCAUGCCUACCCAGGUUGGAUCGGAAUACGCAAGAGUCUUACAAUCGUUGGUUUACAUGCUACAUAACUCCAGUGGAUGUGAUCAUUGCUUAAUCUGUCAGACCUCUUAGCUUCACUACGUAUAACAGAACUGGAUUCUAUAAUUAAAGAUAUCGUUUUUCUUUUCUUUUAUGACCUAUUUUAGAUGAAUAGUAAUGAUCUAUGAUGGCUAACAGUUCCAGUUACUUAGAUUGUAGACUGCUUCCGUUUGGACAUCCUUGUCUUAUGAUGUUAUAUUAUUGGAUUUAGCUUUGUUGUUAUUGUUCUUAUUGGAUUUGCUGUGAGAAAAUUUACUACAAUGGCUGAUAGGAUGGAAGAACCUCGGAAUUGUUCUUGAGAAUGAUUUUGGAAUUGUAAUUCAAAAAUACGAAAUGCUAGAAUCUAUCAUAAUGCCGAUUAGGGGCUGUUUUCAUGCCCAAGGCAGUGAGUUUCUUCUUGCAGUCCCUUGAGGGGAGCGUUAAGCAAUGAUAGGUAUAUUCUUACAAUGAGAUCGAUGGCUGGUUACCUAUCAUGGGACUUUUGGAAUGCAAGAUGAUCUAUUAGAGAGACAUUAACGCCAUUGUGCUUGCUGGCAAGCUGUGGGAAAGAGGGAGGGAGCUAAAGUGAGACCUAAAAACGCAUGCUUUAAGUCUUGGGUUUCACCUGCACUGAUCCCUCUUUCCUUUGUGAGUAAUCGCUUUUUUCUGAAAAAAAACCUUAAAUACCUACCUAUUUUUCUGUGCAAGAUUAGUUUGUUGUUGAAGUGUUUAAAACCCUACUGCAGGCCCGAGUACCCUUCAGAUUUCAGACAACUGAUGGAGGAGUACGUAAGUCAACUCAAAGGUUUGUUCUUUGUUUUCCUCCUCAGUCGUCGCAAUCUCUCUGUCAUCUGAGUAGAAAAGCUUUGAGGCUGCAAUUUUUCUUAGAUUCUGGAUCUCCGUCGAUAUCAUUCAGAUCUUUCAAGAAACAUUAUGCGGGGGAUCGCUCUGGCACUGGGUGGACCUGCUGAUGCCUUUGAAGGUGAGAGAGCAGGAUAUCCGUUUUGGGUUAUGCGCUUGAUUGGUUAUCCGGGGUCUUCUCAAGCUGAGGAUGAGAUGCAAGAUAACGUCAUAGGAUGGUAACGCCAGAGUUAUCUCUCAUGAUUUCUCUUUGGGGAUUUGACUCUCUCGUCUCUACUUUCGAGCAGUUGACUAAUUCAGUUUUUUGCAUGCGUCCUUGGGUGAAUGGACCCAUCCAGUGGAGCACACACAGAUUAUGGUGAGAGAGAAAUUUAUAUGGGUUGCUUCUUUGGAAAGCUCUAGCUCUCUCCUUCCACUUCACUUUUUCAAGGUUAUUCAGCUGAAACUAGAAUUUUCCUCUGUGACAAAUCGCUGAAGAAUGUUAGCCUUGGAGCCACUCGCAUCCAUUGUUUCUUCCUCACACAUCGCUGUAGACUACUGUAUCAAUCCCCUAAAUGAUUUAUUUUGCCUUUUUGGCAAAUCUCUGUCGGGGAGCAGUUUGUAUUCAAGCCCGUUUUUUGAACUCAUCGCACACUCUUUUUGUCCAUCUUAUUCCACAGGUCUUCUGACGCUGGUCAAUCAGGAUAGUGAGAUCACCGCCCUCCAGGUAGAUCUUCAUUAAAUUGCCACUUCCCCUUUCUAUGCCGCGCUAGUUUGGUCUUUCGGCCUGAUGGGCUCUGCAGGUCAAGAACAAGUCUGGCGAGUGGAUAGAUGUGCUCCCUGUGGAAGGCACCUUCGUCUGCAACAUCGGUGACAUGUUGAAGGUUGUCAUGCUCCUCCCCCUUGUCUUCUUCCUAUGAGCUUGGUCAAAGCGUUGAGCUCUAUAGCGCCGUCUUCUCCUCUCAAUUAUUUCCAAUGCAGAUCCUAUCCAACGGUAUCUACCAGCCCACCCUUCACCGGGUGAUAAACACCUCCCCAGAGUACCGGGUCUCUGUCGCAUUCUUCUAUGAGGUAUCCAUCCGUCCAUCUUCCACAACCCCGUCCGAUUUGAUUGAGUCCCAACUAAUGAUCAACCCUGUUGGGGUAGACCAACUUUGAUGCUCCAGUCGAGCCGAUGCCCUUCUGCGUGGAGAGGACGGGUGGCACAGCAAAGUAUGGCGCCGUCAUCUAUGGGGAGCAUCUUGUCAGCAAGGUUCUUACCAACUUCGUGGUGUAG